AAGGGACUGCUCUAACUUCCCUAUGCGCAGCCAUCCAAGUGCGCUCUAUCGAUCGGGAGUUUUUGAGGAGGAUAACCUCAAAAGUGCCCCUAAAGACGAGAAAAUCCGGUUUUUUAAACUGCUGCCAAGUUGUUUGGACUUCUUUCGACCUCAGAUUUUCAGAUAGAGCACAUUUCAAUGAGGAAAGAAGCUGAAAUUAAUCUGGCUCUAAUGCUGUUGUUCUGCUGGUCGGGAGUGGCUGCUCGAGGUCCUCACCAUCCUCGGGACUCCCCAAUACAGAAAAGACACGUUCAUUAUUCGCCGAACAGAAAUUCGGACAAAAUCACCCAGAAUCAGGAAAUGAUUCUAGACGAAGUGCAUCUUAAAGAAGAUAUGGAAGAAGAAGCGCCGAACAUUAACGUAGACAACCUGACCACUGCUGAGCAGGAGCUGUAUUAUUUCCUGCUGCACGACAAAGAUAAAAACUCAAAAUUGGACGGUUUUGAGUUGUUAGAAGCUCUUCGGCAUACUCUUCACGGCGACAACAACUAUCAAGCAUUUUUAUAUUACACUGACGAGGAACCUAAUACCAGCGCGGAUGACAAAGUGUUUAAUCGCUUUACUGAAUUGGUUGACAGAGUUCUGCGCGAAGAUGACACGAACCACGAUGGGUACUUGGAUUAUGCCGAAUAUGCCGAGGCGAGAACCAAAGCUAAACCUAAACAACCAGACCAGGUUCAAAACGAAUAAUUUUUCCUGUAACUUUGUUUUACCAUUGUGUAGUUAACUUGAUAACUGAAGUUUGUAUUAGAGACGAAUAAAGAACCCCUUUCCCAGUUUUAAAAA